CCAGACUGAAGUAGCACGAAGACAGAAUGUCUACGGAGUCGGUUUUCGUGAAAGUGGAGUGUGAGAUCGACACGCAAGAAUGUGACGUGAAAAAUGAGGCGGAGCUGAAUUCUCAGGAGCCCCAGCCCAUUAACCAAGACUUUUCAGAUGUACAUGUCAAGGUGGAACCAUCAUGUCUAAAUGAGGCUCAAGAAGUGGAGUGUGACUGGGACAGCAACAUAGAAACCUGCAAUAGGAAGAAAGAGACGGAGUUAAGUCUCAAGGUACCCGGGCCCAGUGAUGCAGACUCUUUGUAUUAUGUACACGUCAAAGAGCAACCAGGGCUGCUAGUUAUCAAAGAGGAGGACUCGGAGUCACACAGCAGCAAGCCAGAUGGUGCAGCCGAGAGUGAAGAGUGUGACUUGUACAUGAACCACAAAAUCGAGGAUAGGGUAGCGUUGGGCCCAAAGUUACUACAGCGGCCUAAUGGGUCAGCGUUUCAAGGGGCACAGAUAAAAACAGAGAAUCUUCCAUCACAAGGUUGGAGUUGCUCGGUUAAACUGGAGCGCGUGGAGGUGGACGCAGUGCGGCGCACCUGUAGCGUCGGGCGCCGCACCUACGCCCUGCACCAACCCUCCUUCUUCUGCGACUUCUGUGGCUCCUCAUUCCAAGCCAAACAGCUCCUAGUAGACCAUGAGAAAACAGAACACGGUGCCACGAGUUUCAUGUGCAACAAAUGUGAAUUUACGACUAUCAACAGCACGGUUAUGAAGGCUCAUAUACGUAAACACAACGCGACCCGACUCUUCCGUUGUGGUAUCUGCAGCUACUCGAGCUUAUUGAGAACGGCCGUGCGCCGUCAUCGCAAAACGCAUAGUGUAGAAUCUUUCAAGUGCAAGUACUGUGACUUCAAAUGUGCUAAUAAAACUUAUUUAACGCUUCACGAGAAGACGCACACCGGUGAAAAGCAGCCUCUUAGAUGUGAUCACUGUGAUUUUAGUUCCGUUCUAAAACCUAAUUUGGAAAGACACAUGAUGUUGCACAUGGGGAUUAAACCGUUUAAGUGUAGCAAUUGCGAUAUCGCAUGUAGCUCUAAAACAGAUUUACGAAUUCAUCAGAGAAUCCACACGGGGGAGAAGCCGUUUAAAUGUAAGCUCUGUAAUUUUUCAACCACUACGAACACGAGCUUACGUUAUCACCUAAUGCAACACACCGGCGACAUGCCUUAUAAAUGUGACCAUUGUGACUACAAAUGUUGUCGGAAAACAAGGUUAAAAAGGCAUAUGGCGACGCAUACUGACUUAAAGCCUUUCAAAUGCACCCUAUGCAAUUACCAGUGCAAACAAAAAGCAAACUUAACAAGACACCAGUUCAGACACACUGCUGGAAAGUCUUUCAAAUGUAGUCAAUGUGACUACACAGUCCGAUAUUAUACCAGUGUACUGAGACAUCAAAAAUCAGUGCAUAGUGGUGAAAACUGUUUAGUGCUUAAAUUGGAUUUAAAAAUUCAUGAGACCAAUAAUACUAUUAAUACUGGUGAUAAACCUUUUAAAUGUAGCCACUGUGAUGUCUCUUGCCAACGGAAGUCUAACUUGCAAAGACAUCUAAGAAGGUUCCACAAUGAGAGACUUGAGAAGAUAUAUAAAUGUACCCAUUGCAAAUACACUACUGAUUUUGCGCAUAACCUAAAACUACACCGGCUGGUUCAUACAGGGGAUAAGCUUGAAAAAGUUAAGCCAUUUAAAUGUACGCAAUGUAAAUACAGUUGUAGUACGGAAGCAGAUAUGCAAGUACACGUCAUGACACAUACCAACAAGCCUCUAAAAUGUAGCUACUGUGACUACUCAUGCAGUGCGAACAAAGCUCUGCGAAAACAUUUGGUGAAACAUGGAGAAAAGCCUUAUACAUGCAAUUUGUGUGACUUCAAAUGCGAGUCGUAUACAAUCUUGCAAAGUCAUAAAGUCGUGCACGCGGGUGAAAAGCGAUAUAAAUGUAGCGAUUGUGAUUAUGCGUGCACUACCUCAUCAUUACUAGCAUCACACAAGGUAGUACACACUGGGGAGAAGUCAUAUGCAUGUAAUAUCUGCAAUUUCAAGGCUGUUCGGAAAUCUAGCUUAAACCGUCACCUGGGAACACACACUGAUUAUAAGCCUUUUAAAUGUAGCUAUUGUGACCACUCUAGCAGGUAUGCAUAUUUGCUACUACGACACGAGAAAGUGCACAAAAAGGAAACCAUUAAUGUAGCUAGUGCAGCUUUAGGUGAUGAAACAGUUUUAAGUCUCCAAGGGCCUAUUUCGCCCUCACGAGAACAGCAAGAGAUAGUUGUGAAACAGGAAAACGUAUGAGCUGUAAUCUUUUAAGGCCAUGGUCGUCACAUUGUAUGCGAAGAUAUAAAAAUCUCUAAGGAACCUGUGAUCGCACGCAGUGGAUGGCGUCAUUCGAAAACCUUUGA